GGCAACCGCCAGCAACAGUUCUGCGCUGGCCUGUGUCACAAUAAGAGGCCCCACGCAAUGCCAGGGACUCCCCCCUGCAGUAGGGACAGUCCCCAGGGCAGGGGCGAGCCGGCCGUUCGGCCCGACUGCCCGCAUGAUCUCGGGAAGUCCCGCACCCCCGGGAGGCCUCGCUGUGUCCCCUACGCUGCUCCCUGGAGCCCCUUCGGCCCUCCCGACGCCAGGUCCGGAAAGGACGGGGUCCGGUGGAAGGUGGAGUUGAACAAACUCAUUCUGGUGGAGACACCCCUCUUCUGUACGCCUCUCUGCUCCGGGGAUCGUAGUCCACAGGCAGCUGGCACACUGCUAUCCCCGUGUGUCCACGGGGCAUCUACCUCUUCAACACCAAGUCCAAAUCCACUGCAGAAGACUGAGACCUUUGUUUGGAUCAAUCAGGCGUCUCCACAUGCACAGAGUGUUGCGAAGGCUAAAUAUCAAUUCUUAUUUGGCACGCCUGCAGAAGACAACUCUUUGGACAGGGGUUGCUUCCAGUCCCCGGGAGAAAACCGACGCGUGGACCAGCCGCCGGCCUUAAGCCAGGAACCCCAGCAGACGCCCGAGGUGGUCGAGACCAGGACCUGGGAGAACACGUACCCGAGCGUGGUGGUGACAGCUGCGGAGCCCUCCGGCCCAGCGCCCAGCUUCCCGCAGCAACAGGAGGCGCCCAGGGCUGACUCUGAGCCAGAAUGCUCGCAAGGCGAGUCCAGCCGCGUGGGGCUCACGGUGUCCGACGCCGAAGGUGCCCUCCCGGUGUCUGACACGGACGACAGCGCUUCGGUCGAGCCGCGGAGAGACUUGUCUCGGGAGCCAGCCGUCCAAGGCGGGGCGGCGAAGCUGGUGGCGAGCAGCGCCCGGGUGAUGACAGCGCCGGUGUUCACGGUGGUCCAGGGUCGGCACACUGCCCUGCUGCAGUGGGAAGGGGGCGAGGAGGAGGAGGAGGACACCCAGCCUCUGAGAGAGACCGCAACCCGGAGAGAACUUGCCGCCGGGGACAAGGAGACGCUGCAGAGCCCCUCCAAAGACCCUGCGCCGGAGGAGGCGAGCCCCCGGGAGACCCCUCGACAGGACUUGGAGGGACCCACCGGGGCACAGGCAGAAAGAGAUAAAGACCAGGCGCCGGCCAAAGGCGAAGAUUUCCUGACCACCGAGUCCCCCGUGCCCCAUGCACCGCUCCCCAAGCUGGACCAGGCCAGUGAAGAGGAGGAGGAAAGCGCGGCUCCUACUAUGACCAGCGAGAGAAAGACAUCGCUGAACGCUGCUCACUCUGAGAUCAGGAGUGACGAGGACGACGAUGUCUUUGUGAGCGCCAGAGAGAGCGAAGCGAGUGUGAUGAGCAGAACUUCCCUGGGAACCAAAUCAGCAAACUCACUGAUGUUGACGGUCACAAACAACCCAGAGUUUGAUUGUACCUGGACUUUGCCCAGUGAGGCGACUGAUAUUUUCAGCUCACAGUUUGAACACAUUAUGGAGUGCCAGCAUCUGAAAGGUACCUCAUACAACAGCCUGGACUCACUGGAAAUGAUUUCCUCCACGGACGAGAGUGAAUAUGGCUUCAGCUUUGAGAUGCCACUCACCCCGAUGAUUCAGCAGCGAAUCAAGGAAAGCAACCAGUUCCUGGAGCAUGGGGCAAAGGAAGCCAGCUUUGGUAAUAGGGCGUUGCAGCAUCGAAUGGACUUCAGUGACAUAUCACGCAGCAGGCUGGAGGAAAACUUUGACACAUCAGACAAUUUAUUCCAUAAACCUUCUCCAUGUGCUGUUGCCAAUGGAGCACCUCAGCUCUCUGAGCUCUAUCAGGAGGGGCAGGACAAACCCUCUACUUCAAGUGAGUGUGGCCUGAAGGAAAUGCUUCCAGAUGGGGACCUUGAAGCAGACAGCAUGGAGCGGCUGGAACUCCAUAGCAGCACUGAUGUGGUGACCAAUGGCAAUAAGAGUGAUCUGGAGGCAGCCAAGAGGCUAGCCAAGCGACUCUACAAUCUCGAAGGGUUCAAACGUUCUGAUGUUGCACGGCACUUGGGGAAGAAUAAUGAAUUCAGUAAGUUGGUGGCUGAAGAAUACCUCAGAUUUUUUGACUUCACUGGUUUGACCUUGGACCAAUCACUAAGAUUUUUCUUGAAAGCAUUUGCACUAAUGGGGGAGACUCAGGAGCGAGAGCGGGUAUUAAUCCAUUUCUCCGAACGAUAUUACCAGUGUAACAUGGGCACUAUUCCUUCUCAAGAUGGGGUCCAUUGCCUUACUUGUGCACUGAUGUUGUUGAAUACAGAUCUUCAUGGCCACAAUAUUGGAAAGAAGAUGACCUGUCAAGACUUCAUUAACAAUCUGGAUGGUUUAAAUGGAGGGAAGGACUUUCCAAAAGAUCUGCUGAAGCUUCUCUUUACGUUGCAGGCAUUGUACAAUUCAAUCAAAAAUGAGAAGCUGGAAUGGGCGAUAAAUGAAGAAGAGUUGAGAAAAUCGCUCUCUGAGCUUGCUAAUGACAAGACAGACAAUGCUGGAUCCAAGUCCAACAAUCGUAUUGGAUCUGGUACAAAUCCAUUUCUCGACAUUCCGCAGGAUCCCAAUGCUAAAACAUACAAAACUGGCUUCCUCUCACGAAAAAUUCACGCAGAUAUGGAUGGAAAGAAAACUCCCAGGGGCAAAAGAGGUUGGAAGACAUUUUAUGCUGUGCUGAAAGGCAUGAUCCUUUACUUGCAAAAGGAUGAAUAUAAGCCGGAAAAAAAUCUGUCUGAAGAGGAUUUAAAAAAUGCAGUCAGCAUACACCAUGCACUGGCAAUAAAAGCGACUGAGUAUGAGAAGAAACCCAAUGUUCUGAAGCUGAAAACUGCUGACUGGAGAGUCUUUCUUUUUCAAGCACAAAGCCCUGAAGAAAUGGAAUCUUGGAUAAAUAAAAUGAACCUGGUAGCGGCUACAUUUUCGGCCCCUCCAUUUCCAGCUGCUAUUGGUUCACAGAAGCGGUUUAGCCGUCCCCUGUUGCCAGCCACGACCACCAAGAUGACGCAGGAAGAUCAGCUGAAGUCGCACGAGGCCAAGCUAAAACAGAUUUCCACUGAGCUCACUGAGCACCGUUCCUACCCACCCGACAAGAAAGUCAAAGCGAAGGAAAUUGAUGAAUACAGACUGAAGGAGCACUACCUGGAGUUUGAGAAAACUCGAUAUGAGACGUAUGUUAAACUCCUGAAGGAAGGAGGGCCGGAUAUGCUUGUGGAAAAUGAUGGUAACGGGAUGAAAAAGUCGCACUCCAGCCCAUCGCUGAACCAAGAGAUGUAUCCUGUAAAUGCAAAAGUCAAACGUAACGUCUCUGAGAGAAAAGACUACAGGCCUGACACAGCCAACAACAAGCAGAAGACUUAACUUCUUAGCAGGAAAUCAUCUCCCAGUCCACGGCCACCAAAACAUAAUCAAGUGACGCAAUCUGUGACUUGUAUAUUUUUGUGUAAAAUAUUAUUUAGACGUCAAUUUUUGGUAACAGAAAUUGUGAGAACAUGACUGAUAUGGUAAUCCUUCAUUUGCAGACACUCCUGUAGCUUUUUAUAUUUUUAUUUGGUUGUUGGCGCAACUGUUUGUAGAUUGACUGACUUUUUUUAUAUUGCCUUAAAGAGACAGCCUCCUAUUGUGGGCCUGCUAUUUAGAAAGCCAUUGAAGGUCACUCAGUCGGAGGUUUACACAAGAGGCCCUGUCAGAGUGCCAAAUGGAUAUAUGUCAUUUCACAAACUGAGAAUUGUCAUUGGCUGAAUUUCUGCAUACAAAAUCAGAGCAAGGUAGCUGCUGACUUUGCUGUCCUUUUAUUUUUCCUCAUUAUUAAUUCUUUAAAUUAUUUAUAGGCAAACUCUCUCAAGGAAAAUUGGAGCCUUGUGAAAUGAAUGUUUCUGUGGACUUUUUUGUUUUCUUAAAGAAACAAUGCUUUAUACAGAGUUGCUUGCUGGAGACCAACAAAAUGAAUAUUCUUCGAAGAUCUAUGGGUUGCUUUUCUGUUUAUUGCUUAUGAGCAAAUAGUUCUUCUAAUAUUCUCACUGUCUUAUCCCUUCCUCCCUUAGUCAUCCUUCUCACUACAGUACUUCCUUUGAGGACUGUGACAUCCCUCUCUUCCCUUCUCUCCCUCUGUCUCUCCCCAGUACAUGCAUUGAAUUUGCAAUAGUGAUAGUUUAACAUUUCAGAGCACAUGCCACUCACCCAGUAUCCUUGCACAUCCCCACCCAAAUCUGUAGCUGCUACUGAGCCAGGAAGCUGUAGUCUGUACAGUGUUGGAAGGAAAAUAUUUUAAAACACUUUUUCUUUUGAAAUGAUUUUAUAAGGCUCCAUUUUAAGCAUACUGUAAAUCCCAGGCACUCUUGUCACCUGUAUAUGAUGUUCCCUUGACAAGAAUAUAGCAAAUAUAUAGAAGGUACUAUCUGAAUUAUUUGAUCGUAUCUUUAAAGAUUAGUAUUUAUAGUGCACUUUAACAGAAUACAUAAAGCUUGACCACCUGUUUUAUUUUUUUUAAGAAUAUAUGUUUGUCUUCCAUUUUUUUGUAUAAUUCCAGGCACCUUUGCUUGGGCAAGUUCUGUCGUCUGUAAGACAGGUUGAAGAGACAGUAUUGUAGGGAAAUUACAAUUGAUCCAAUAGAAGUUUUGUUUGAAGUAGGAAAUUGCAUUAUGCCCUCCAGAACCACUGCUGUUAUUGAAGUUCUAUUGCAAUGAUGCUGUAGUUUAACUCUCACCGCACCAAUUAAAUAAAGGCCUUACACCUGAAGAGCACAUAACUGUGCCUGACUGCAGAUUCAGUUUAUGGCAUCAAGUGUGAAAAGAUCACGUCUUUUCUACAAAGAAAUCGAGCCACCCUUGCCCUGCAGAAUACCUCUAAUACUUUCUGCAUCUGUAGAUAAUGAAAGGCUGUAAUGAAAUUCAUAGUGAAAAGUGGUAUCUGCUCAGUAAUGUAUUUUCAGGUGCAAAUAGGUGUCUCUUUUCAGUGCCACUUGGUAUUUCUCUGUGCUGUUAUUGAUAUUUAUUGACUUUGUUGCAUCUUCACUCACUUCUAUAGCUCAGUGGAUCUAUUUUUGUUGUCUGUAUAUAAUAGAUUUACUGUACAAUAACGUGCAGAAAGCCUUCUUUCUGCUGCAUAUGUCCCUUGUUUUGCAUGCAGUCCUCUCUGAAACAAGAGCUCACAUCAAUAAAUUCAAAUGGAUGUUA